AGAGAAAAGAAAACAAAUUGAAAAAUCGGUACAAAUUUAAAAUAAUAAUAAUAAAACUAAUUCUAAUAAACAAAAAACAUGUUGCAAUCCUUGAAAGUGUGUUCGGAUAAAUUAACAGAAACACCGAAUAAUAUUAGCAGCGUUGUACAAGAGCAUAACAAAUCAUCAGUUACCGCCACAGUUAUAACCACUGGUGCAAGUUCGACAUCAUUGUCUACACCUGUUGCCAGCAGCUCUACUACUAAUGGUAACUCCGCCAUCAGUACCACAAAUAAUGACAGUACAAAUGGUGUUUACAGUAACAACAAUAUCAAAAACAAUAAUAAUCAGCAGCAACUUCAUAAUCUAGUGAAUAAAACCCAUUUGAAUAGCGUACAACAACUGCAACAAUAUCAUACUAAAUACCUAGAAACGGCCAAUGCAGCUGGUAACACCAACACAACGACUGUAAAUACGGCAAAAAGUUUUCAUCCUUACUUACGGCCACAAAAUUCUAACUACAACUCAUCACCAUCAACAUCAUCAUCAUCAUCAUCCUCGCUGGCAUUGGCGUCUGUUACGUCCAAUACCUUAAAAACACUUGCAUCGACUUCAUCGGCAGCAGCGAGUACAUUGUUUCAAACACUUUUACAAAACCAAAUAAAUUCCCCGGUUACAACUGCUACAGUAACAACAUCGCCAGUGAUAACAACAACAACAGCGUCAGCAGCUAAAUCUGUUGCCACCGCAAUAACAUCAAGUGGAUUAUUAACUUUACCAACACCGACUUCAUUAGUCGCCACCGCUAACAACAGCAACAGCUAUCAUGAUAUCAUGGACAGCCAAUCGUCACAAAUUAAUUCAGAUGCGUCUAGUGAAGUUGUUGUUGAUGUCUCAAUAAAUAACCAAAGCGCAACUAGUAGCGAUGUUGAUAUGUUGCCUUGUAAUACAAAUAAAGGCAACGUUGAAUUUAUUAAAGAAGAGCCAGAUCCGGAUACAAUAAAAAUGUUUGUCGGUCAGGUGCCAAAAUCGUGGGAUGAGCCAAAACUACGUGCAUUAUUUGAACAGUAUGGACGUAUACACACAUUAAAUAUUCUACGUGAUAAGGUUACCAUGAUGAGCCGAGGGUGCUGUUUUGUUACGUAUUAUACACGUAAGGCUGCUUUGAAGGCUCAAGAUGCUUUGCAUAAUAUCAAAACACUGGAUGGGAUGCAUCAUCCUAUUCAAAUGAAACCGGCUGAUAGUGAAAAUCGGAAUGAACGUAAACUAUUCGUUGGUAUGUUAAAUAAAAAAUACAAUGAGGCCGACGUUCGGCAACUGUUUACGGGUCAUGGCACAAUUGAGGAAUGCACUGUUUUAAGAGAUCAAAAUGGCCAAAGUAAAGGUUGCGCAUUUGUAACAUUCGAUACCAAACAACACGCGAUUGCAGCGAUUAAGACUUUACAUCAUAGCCAAACAAUGGAAGGCUGUUCGGCUCCGUUGGUGGUGAAAUUCGCGGAUACGCAAAAGGAAAAGGACCAAAAGAAAUUGCAGCAACUGCAUGGCUUGUGCGGUAUUAGUGCUUUAAGUACACCCACCGCCACAUCCGUUUUGGGAAACUUAAAUCCAGCUGUACCGGGCACGGCCAUAAGUCCUGCCACGCCGUUAGUGCCAGCGCAAAUUUCGGCCGCUGCUACACGUACUAAUCCCACCAUGGCUGCCUUGGCUGCCGUAGCCGCUUCGCCGCCCACAGUGCCAACAGCAACAGCUACCGGCACCGCAACUUUAUUACCCACCGCAGGUGGCACCUUGACGGCUGUUACACCUAAUAUGCUGGCGCCGCCACCUGGCAAUAGCGCAGCCAAUCCCUCACAUGCCUCAUCAUAUAUAACGACAACUGAUUCUCUGAUGGCUCCGUCAUCAGCUGCUGCCCAAUUGCAACUAUUUCAACAACUGCAAGCUUUCGGUUUGCAGCCGGCUCAUUAUUUACAAGGACUAAAUUUCCCACCGGAUCAUAGUACCGCAGCUGCAACUUUAUCGGUUACCUCAGCGGGCAAUAACAACAGUCACGGCCACAACAGUACUAGUGCCAACAGUGGCGGGCUAUUGGCCACUCCAAUGUCUAUGCAAAAUCUAGUAACAUUGGCAACGUUUAAUCAUGGCGCUCCUACACAAUCACAUGCGGAUCAUCAUCAACAUCAUCAUCAUCAUCAUCAACAGCACAUAACUCACUCGUUGCACAGUCAUCAUCCCUCAACGCAACAGUUGUCAGCCGCCCAAGCACAUCAUGCUCACAUGGCGCAAUUUUCAGCUACGCAGCAUAUGGCUGCAGCUUUAGCUGCUCCAACUCCAUUAACUGCUCACUUGACUGCUGCCGCGGCUCCCGCAAUGUGGCCUGGUGCAGACGCUUUAACCUCACCUUACGGAACAACAGCUCUUAAUUCUUUAACCAAUGGUGCCUACACAACUGCUCCGUUAACAGCUCAAGCGUUACAAGCAGCCGCAGCCGGAGUAGCAGGCAAACAAAUUGAAGGGCCUGAAGGCAGUAAUCUUUUCAUAUACCAUCUACCUCAGGAAUUUACCGAUACCGAUCUCGCCUCAACAUUUCUACCGUUCGGUAAUAUUUUGUCGGCCAAAGUAUUUAUUGAUAAGCAAACAAAUUUAUCGAAAUGUUUCGGCUUUGUUUCGUAUGAUAAUCCACAUUCGGCCAGCGCUGCUAUACAGGCUAUGCAUGGCUUUCAAAUCGGCACUAAACGUUUAAAAGUACAACUGAAACGUUCAAAGGAUGCCGCUAAACCUUACUGAACUGAAAUUGAAAAUGUGAAUAGAGUGCCUUUAGUCGACGUGGAAUCAAUGAGAAAGAAUAACCAAAGGACCAAAAAAAAAAAAAAAGAAGAAAAA